AUGCGCGCUGUCCCGCUCUCCUGGCGCAGCGCUGAGGUGGCGGCGGCGCUGCCCGAUCGGGGCUGGGGAGGAGGAGGGGGCGCGGGCGCGGGCGCGAGGGCGGCCGCCAGGAAUCCUUAUGAAGAAAAGUAUAGAUUAAUUCGGAUUGGAAAUCCAGCAUUUUCCACAAGGCUGUUGCCUGUCAGAGGAGCAGUUGAAUGUUUAUUUGAGAUGGGAUUUCAAGAGGGAGAAACUCACCUGGUUUUCCCUAAGGAAGCUUCGAUUGAGCAGCUACGUAAAAUCAGAGACUUAAUUGCUGGAGAGAGGAGUAGCAGACUGAAUGAGUCAAAUCAGAUCCACAAAUCAGGAUCCACUGAAACUGUGGCCGGCACUCAGACAGUUACACGUCAGCCAUCAAGACCUGCUGACUCUGUUCUUGCCCCUGCCCGUCAGCAACCAGAAACAUCACUUGUGCAAUCUCUUGAAAUGGCUGCAAAUAUCUUGAAAACACUUCAAACAAAAUUUGAGCAUCUUGUAUUGAUGUAUGAGAACCCUUCUAUUCAGCAGAAAGCACUAGCUUCAAUUCCCCUCCAGCAAUUGAAAGGGAAGGCUCAGAAAAAGCUAGCACAAGCUACAAGACUGGACAAAGGUGCACAUGUGAAUGAAGAGGACUUCUUGUUGUUGGAGCUCUUGGACUGGUUUAAGAAUGACUUUUUUCGUUGGGUAAAUAAUCUUCCUUGCAGCAGAUGUGGUGGGCAGACAGAGCCUAAAAGUGACUACCUGUUGCCUACGGCUGAUGAUCUAAGGUGGAAUGUCAGUCGAGUGGAAAAUCAUUACUGUAACCAGUGUCAGUUCUGUAAUAGAUUCCCAAGGUAUAAUAACCCUGAAAAACUUCUGGAAACCAGAUGUGGACGCUGUGGCGAAUGGGCGAACUGUUUCACACUGUGUUGCAGAGCUGUAGGGUUUGAAGCUAGAUAUGUCUGGGACUAUACAGAUCAUGUGUGGACUGAAGUAUAUUCUUCAUCUCAGAAAAGAUGGCUUCACUGUGAUCCCUGUGAAAAUGUCUGUGAUAAACCUCUUCUCUAUGAAACUGGGUGGGGAAAGAAGCUUUCCUACAUAAUUGCGUUUUCCAAGGAUGAGGUUGUUGAUGUCACCUGGAGAUACAGCUGUAAGCAUGAAGAAGUACUCUCUAGAAGGACAGCACUCAGUGAAGCUACGCUACGUGAAACAAUUAAUGCGCUAAAUAGAACGAGACAACGAUCUUUGUCAGAAAACAGAAAGAGGGAGCUCUUGGAAAGAACAAUUGUGGAGCUUGUUGAAUUUAUUUCUCCUAAAACACCCAAACCCGGAGAAUAUGGUGGAAGGACAUCAGGUUCAAUGGCUUGGCGAGUAGCCAGAGGUGAAAUUGGUCCAGAGAAAAGAAAAGAAGUAAUUUUUAUUCCCUCUGAAAAAGAGAAGACAUCUAAACUCUUCCACCUCACCUAUAAUAUAGUAGAAGAUAGUUAUGCACGGAUUUCCAAUAAUAAUGAAAAAAUAACUGGCUGGGAAACAGGUGUUUGGAAGGCAGAGUCUAUUUGGAGAAAGGUUGAAACAGAUUGGAAAAUGGUUUAUUUAGCCCGAAAAGAGGGGUCAUCCUCUGCUUCUAUCAGCUGGAAGUUUGAGUGCAAGUCGGUUGGUCUAAAAAUAGAUAACAUUUCAGUUAGGACAAGCAGUCAGACAUUUCAGAGUGGAAGAAUAAAGUGGAGACUUUGCUCUCCAACAGCAGAAAUUACUCUGAUAGGAGAUAAAAAUCUUUGCUCCUAUUCAGAUUUUUCUGGUGCAACGGAAGUUGUGUUGGAAGCAAUUCUAAAUGGAGGUGAUGGUGAAGCUGCAUGGCAACACACACAGCUGUUUAGAGAGAACUUAACAGGAUCUGGAGAAAAUUGCUUGGAGAUAAUUAUAAAACUCAGUGACCUCUGA